AUGUCAAUCCUCUCCUACAUAACAACCGGUCUAACCGGCUACUUCGCCGUAACCGUCUCCUUCUUCGCACUCUCUGCUUUCAAAGUGCCUAAAGCCGGCUUCAUCGCGCGGUGUCUCUCCUCGUACGCCUCUCUUAUCAUAUGCGCUACCUACGGCGUCAUCGCAUCCAUAGUAUUACGGCUAGUCGGUUACGGACGAGUAUCGCAAUGGGCUACAGCACGGAGUUUCAAAUGGGUCAUGUGGAUUGCCACGGGUGUGCAUUUCGAUAUCGUCGAGGGCGAGAAGUAUCUUUCCACGCGGCCGGCGGUCUUUGUGGGCAAUCAUCAGACGGAGCUUGAUGUGUUGAUGUUGGGUGCUAUGUUCCCGCCGUAUUGUUCCGUUACAGCGAAGAAGUCACUUAAAAGUUGGCCGUUUUUGGGCUGGUUUAUGUCCCUGUCCGGCACGGUGUUUAUUGAUCGCGCAAAUCGUGAAACGGCUGUGAAGGCGUUUGAUGGUGCGGCGAGAGAAAUACAGGAGUUUAGACAGAGUGUUUUCAUUUUCCCCGAGGGCACGAGGAGUUAUUCGGCGACUCCGGAGUUGUUGCCGUUCAAGAAGGGGGCGUUUCAUUUGGCUGUCAAGGCGGGUGUGCCUAUUGUGCCGGUUGUGGUGGAGAAUUAUCCCCAUGUGCUGAAUGUGCGGAAGUUGCAUUUUGAGGCGGGGGCAAUAAAAAUCAAGGGUAUGUUCCUCUCUGCGAGGUGUAAAGAUGGUGCUAAUUUGGUAGUUUUACCUCCCAUUGAAACGAAGAACCUUACACCCGCCGACGUCGACAAACUCACAAAUGAUACGCGUGAACUCAUGCUCAAAGCAUACACUGCAUUGUCGAACAAGUCCUCGCAGCAGCUCGACGGCGCAGUUCGCGCAUCCUCUACUGCAGUGGAGAUCUAA